AUGUCUUCCCAUUUAUCCAUCAAAAUAAAUCUCUUGGGCGGCGGAGACGGGCGCCGGCCUGCAGGUCGCGGGCCGGGAGCGGAGGGGCGGCCGGGGCAGCGGGCGGCCGCGGGGACGCCCCAUCCCGGUCCAACGUGCUGCCGGGGAAACGGCGCGGGGCCGGCGGCGCUUGGGCAACGUCGCGGGGCGCGCCGCGGCCUCCGGGGGGUCCGGGAGGAGCUGCCACGUGGGCGGCGGGGCCGCGUGGGUGCGUCCCGGGGUCGGCAUCGAGGGGCGGGAGGAGCGCGGCUUGCGGCCGGGCCGGUGACCAGACGUGUCUCCCUGGAUCCGUUCUGCAUCGGGGCUGCAGGACACCAGCGAGCGCCAACCCUAAGCCGACCCAGCAGGAGCGAAUUUCCCUGUGAAAAACGUGAUGACCAUUUGGAAUGGCCUGAGUAUUUCAUGGCAGUGGCCUUCUUAUCGGCACAGAGGGGCAAAGAUCCAAAUUCCCAGGUCGGAGCCUGCGUCGUGAAUGCAGAAAACAAGAUUGUGGGCACUGGGUACAAUGGAAUGCCAAAUGGCUGUAGUGAUGACCUCUUGCCUUGGAGGAGGACAGCGGAUAGUAUACUGGAUACCAAAUACCCUUACGUGUGCCACGCCGAGCUGAAUGCCGUUAUGAACAAAAACUCAGCAGAUGUGAAAGGCUGUACCAUGUAUGUCGCCUUGUUCCUGUGUAAUGAAUGUGCUAAGCUCAUCAUCCAGGCAGGGAUAAAAGAAGUUAUUUUCAUGUCCGAUAAAUACCACGACAGCAGUGAGACAACAGCCGCGAGGCUCGUGUUUGAAACGGCCGGGGUUUCCUUCGGGAAAUUCACACCGAAGUGCAGCCAGAUUGUCAUUGACUUUGAUUCAGUUCACAGCAGACCGAGUCAGAAGCUCCAGUGA